AUGUCGGCCAUUCAUGCAGCCCUCACGCGAUUUCUGUUGAAUCCAGCAAACCAUGACCUACUUGCUAUUGUCAAGGGUGCUAGGAAUGGCCUGGUCUAUGGCGCCAAGAUCCGGUUUCCACAUGCCCUCGUCAUGGUGACGCUAUUUGGUUCCGGCUCGCUCCGUGAUCGAUGGAAGAAGAUCAUCCAGGCUACACGCCAGCACUCUGUUCGUCUUUGUACAUAUGUGGCGAUCUACAAGACGUGUUUGUUAAUUCUUCGUGAUCUGUUCCAUGAGGGCAAGCAGUCGUCGGCAGACCCCUUUAUUGCCGGUAUGCUAGGCGGUUGGUACAUGUUUGGUGAUCGAACGCCCGUGAACGAACAGAUUGUGCUAUACUGUGUCUCUCGAUGCAUUGCAUCCCUCUUACCGCGCGCCCAGGUGCCUAAAGACUACCCCAAGAACAAGGUACUCCCUAUCGACAACACAGCGCACCAGAUCUUUGCAGCGCUGACGUGGGGCACCGUGAUGUGGCUGUUUGUGAACGAGCGCCGUCGUUUGAACGGUGGUUUGGUCAACAGCAUGGACUACUUGUAUGUUCUUUCAGACAAGUGGAAUAGCCUUCGGAACUUCCUGUGGCAUAAUGUGUAA